CAGAUCUUUUGAAGUAUUUGCUGUCUGUCUUUUUGUAGUGCAUUCUUGAUCGUGUAAAAGGUAGUAAUUAUUUCAAAAACAUUUACUUUAAUGCCUGCCGYGAAUCCAAGCCUUCCCGCCAUCGACAGGCUACCAAGCAACAACUCGUGCUCUGUGAAUUUUAGUGGAAAAGCGUGAAAUUGACGUGGUUAUUUGUCGUUCUAGGGGAAAAUCCUCACUUUCAACAAUCUUUUACCAGUUAAGCUCCUUCUCAAUAUCUUCAUUAUGUUGAACUAUCGAAUGGAUAAUUCUGACGAUGCGUAAUUAAUGAGUGAACGCUUUGUUAUCUCUAGUUAUAUUUUACGAUGUUUGCAAAAAAUCUAUACGGUCUAAUCAAUCUUGUAUGUUACUUUAUUGAUUUCUUYUAAACWAUGGAAAAUUUCGUGGCCGACAAAGAAAAUGGKGAGCUGUCGAUUGCCGGAGAUGUUGAAGACGAUGAGGYAAGUAAUGARGAGUCGGAGUACGAGACGGACGACAAUGACGCUGAUGUUGAGGAAAACAACGAAGACGAACGUCCAGAAAAUGAAAAUAAAGAACUGGAAAAUAACAGCGUUGUGUCUGAUAAAUCAAAGGUGAAUACGUCUUCAAGAAAAAAACGCAAGAGAAAGAAAAAAGARAAUACAAAAAGGCGGCAAAUUCGCAAAAUACUUGACGAGUCACAACUUGAUAGAGAAACGCUAAAUGCUCAGUUGGAGGAGAGAGAACGCCUCAGGAGACUUGAGCUACAAAAAAGUUUAGCUACAGAGGGACAAAGUGCUCAUCCUGUUUCCACAACCCCCCCUUGUAACUCUGAUUCUUGUAUCUCCCAGUCCCCUGUAGUGGUUGAUUUUCGCAAGAAGACAAAACAGCAGUCAGCAGUAAUAGUCAUUGAUAGUGAUGAUGAUGCCAAUGAUGUCAGUAAUAAGCAUAAUAUAGAAGUGAUAAGCUCAGGGUCAGACGAUGGAAGUGAUGGCAUGAAWUCAGAUGAAAGUGACACUGAAGAAGAUAGCGAUAUUGAUGAAAACAAUGUUGGAUUACAUUCAGAUGAUAAGUUUAAUGUACCCAACCAAAAUGGUUCUGUUUUAGUAAAUACGGAUCAUCCUCUAUCAGAAGAUGACAUUUUUCUUGCUCCUCAAAUUGCUAGAUGUGUAAAGCCUCAUCAGAUUGGAGGAAUUCGGUUUUUGUAUGAUAACCUUAUUGAAACCUUGGCUCGCUAUCAUGUCAGCGCAGGGUUUGGUUGUAUAUUGGCCCAUUCAAUGGGUCUUGGAAAAACCUUGCAAGURGUUGCCUUUACUGACAUUUUCCUUCGAUAUACYCCAGCCAAGAAAGUUCUUAUUGUUGUUCCUAUWAAUACCAUCCAAAACUGGAUGGGGGAAUUUGAUAUGUGGAUCCCUCGCAAGCCAGAGACUAUUGACAUUGAYGGAUCAAAUGGGACAGUUAAUGAUUGUAGUGAAAUCAGAUAUCGGAACUUUGAUGCUAAAGACAUCAUGAAAGACUACAAACCACUUGUAGCAGAGAAUGGAGGAAAAGUUGUCAUCCUCAUGGAGAUUAUCAAGGAAAGCUUGAGAGCUGGUGAAAAAGUUCUUGUYUUCAGCCAAAGUUUGUCAACACUGGGAAUUAUUGAAGACUUUUUGUCCAGGCAAGAGAUCCCUUAUUUUCCAGGAAGGCCAGGAAACAAUGGUACCYCAAAGUGGGCCAGGAAUAAGAGCUAUUUCAGGCUAGAUGGAAGUACACCAUCUCAGGAAAGAGAUCGUCUUAUCAAUGCUUUCAAUUCACCCGAUAAUUGUGACGUUCUGUUGUUUAUGUUGUCUACCAGAUGUAACUUGAUUGUAUCAAUGGUGUGUAGGGUUUAUCGUUAUGGUCAGAGGAAGCAAACACACAUCUACCGACUCGUCAGUGUCAAUACCAUGGAGAAGAAGAUCUACGACAGACAAGUCUCCAAACAAGGAGUGGCAAACCGUGUUGUUGAUGAGCUUAACCCUGAAGCUAAUUUUACAAAGCAAGAAAUCAUGUCUUUGAUAUGCGAAAAGGAGCCUGACAUACCYGCUGAAGACGUGGCAUCUGCUGCCAUUACCUUCACUGAUCCAGUGUUGAACAAUAUUUGUAGGAACUACUCUGAUUGGAUAGCCAAGUUACCUUUCAAGCAUGAAUCGUUGUUGGUUGACAGAAAAGAAUUAAAACUUACCAAACUAGAGAAGAAAGAAGCCAGGAAAGGUUAUGAAAGAGAGAAGAAUAUGGCACAGCAAGGAAGCAGAUACUAUAUCAACCCUGUACCAGAAUCGUCAAGGGGUURAUCUUCCAGUUCGUCUUCAUUUGCUGGUURGUCUCGACCUGCAGGUAACUCAAUUCCAACAGCGCCAACUAUACUCCCUCGAUUGCCUCAGCCUCAGCAGGCUAAAACUCAAAACCUUUCGCCGUACUUUCUUCAAAACCUUUUGAAUCAGUCGAACGUACGAUUUGCUACUCUCAAUACAAACAGAYCYCCUAARCCUUUGAGUGUYAACCAACUUAUGCCAAACAUAUCAGCGCAGUUGGCAGCAAAUAUCAUUGCCAACCAACUGCAAAUAAACCGUGCUUUGAGUACAGCAGCCAAUCCACAGUGUASCAGUGGAAGUGCAUGUAGACUUCCUGGUCUACCAACUGGACUAACGCCUGGACAAAUACCUGGUGUAAUCCAUGGACAUAUGUCUGGAUCAWCGCCUUGUCUUACACCUGGUCUAACGCCUGGACUAUCACCUGGKRUAGGAACUAGUCUUAAUGGCCGACCCAUCAUUACAACGUCGACAUGCUCUUUGUCAAAUAGUACCCAGUCUCCCAAUGUUGUGACCAUUGAUCUGGAUGACGUACCAUCACCUCCUCCAGCUKAGAAACAAUCAGCGGUUAACGCUCGUYYUAUGAACGUCACUACUGCUACCAACGCUGGUUCUCCAUCGGAGCCUGAUAACGUACCUUCCCCAUUACCAACAAUGGUAUCCAAUGCUACCAUAGCAACCAAGGAAACAUCAGAGCCUACCAUAGAAACAAGAGAAACUCCAGAUGUUGCCAUACAAACCAAAGAAYCAGAGGCUGCCAUGGAAACAAACGAUACAAACAAUGGUAGAACUCUAAUUGAAGUCGUUUUACCGCAYCAACAUUUUGUAACCAUGGAAASAGAGCAAACAAACAAUUUAACAUCAAAUAUUGAUGCUAUGGUUACGGACAAUGCACCACCAUUAGGUACCAGGCCUGCUCUUCCAUUAGCGGUGCUACAGAACUUACUGAAUGAGCAAGGUGGACUUGGCACCAGACCUUUACCUCCUGAGGAAUCUCCCCACUCCCCCACGGGAUCUUCUCAGAUAUGAAAUAAAAGUCAUGUUAUUUCUUAUUUCUAAACACAUGUAUAGGAUARGUAGUUCGAUUAAAUAUUGUAAAUACAUGUAGUGGUGAAUUGGUAUUCUAAUUGAUUCUAGAAUCAUUAAUCAAACUGACAGUAUUCUAUUGUCGAAGCRAAAACAACGGAUACAAAACACUAGCAAUUAUUAGAAAACAUUAGGUUUUCAUCUUGUCACUAAACAGGGAAAUGAACCAAGGUGACUUCCUCGAUGACUGUCACUGAAAUGACAGAUUUGCUCUUCUCCUAAAGAACUGGGUUUAUUUAAUAUUUCUGAACWUGUAACCGAAUAUUCAGCAGGAGCAAAGCCGGAAAGAAAAUACUAAAAGAAAUUCUAAAACACGUCUUGUCGAAGAGACAAUGUAAACGGCUUUCAUCGCAUUUUCUACAACCAAAUCAAUCAAAACAUCUCUUUUAGUCGCCGCAGUUCGAAUAAUGAGGAAAUAAAAUACACGGCACUAAAGAAAGCGCUUUUAUCAUAAGCACGCAUUUUGCCCGCCCGUUAUUAGAGUACAUCUGAAUGUAUUUUUUCUAAGUUCUAGUUUGAAUGCAGGAAGUUGUUGAUAAUCACCAAGGAAUUUAGGAAUAAAACUAAAUGAUUAUCAAAAGAUUCCAUAAAGCGAUUGAAUAAUUAUCACUCGGGCAAAGCAAGUGCUAGCAAUUGGUUCAUAACCAGGAAAUACGCCAAGGGUGCUAUAACAAAUAGAUUACUCAUGCCUGUACGUCACAAAGACUGUACUGAGAGGUGCGAUAUUUUUUUUUGUUAAAACUUUUGAAAUUCUAGAUUAAAAAACAGUAAUGGAGGUGUA